GUUUACUGACUCGAUCUAAAACAACAUCGUUUUGAAAUGUCUUCUUCUUCUUUUUAUUAUUAUUAUUAUUAGUAUUAGUAUUAUUUUAGGUUGCUGCAAUGGCUUCUUUGGUACAUACUACGUAUACUAACAACUAAUGGUAAUUUGACACGUCUUAACUCAACCUUUUCCACUUACCGAUCUUUAUAACGCACCAACACAACUCUUACCGAGUACUCUUCCCCUUAAUUCCUAGUAAAUUGUCAAUAAAAAAAAAGAACCCUGUAAUUCUGGAGAGCCAAAAAAUCCCUGUUCUUUGGACGAGAUUAUCCGUUUUUAGUUUCUCAAAGUACUUUUUCAGGACAAAUUUCAUGAAUGUAUCCAGGGUUUCUGCUCUACUAACAGCUAGUUGUUGAAAAAAAUUUUGAAUGUUGUUGUCUUUGGGGUUAGAUAGUUGAGAUUGAUGAUGGGGACGAAUUUGGAGGAAGUGGAGGAAAAACUUCCAAAAAAUGUGCUUUUUUAUGAUGGAGAGGUGGGAAACUUUAGAUUUGGUGAAUCGGAAGAGAGGAUCAAGAAAGCUGAAGCAAGGUGUCUGGAGUUGGAAUUGGAGGCUCAAACGAGGAUGAGCGAGUAUGAAGCACUUGAGACUAAAUUUAGGGCAUUAGAAGUAGCAAAGCUUGCACUUGAGGAUGAAAUUAAGGUUUUGAAGAGUCGUAAUAAUGAAGUCGGUAAUCUGAGUAGUCACAGUGAUAAUGAAGAGGUGGUUGUUUACCAAGGAAAAGCAGUGAGUGAGGUAGUUGUUGAUUUGACUGAGGAGAAUGAUGAGGAAGAUAAGGUUUUUCAGCUGAUGACCGAGAAUAUGGUUUUGGAAUGUGAGAAGAGUAAGGCUGAAAAUGAGGCUGAAGUUUGGAAGCUAAAGUUCAAGGAAUUGGAAUCACUGACGUUACAGCUGCAAAAGAGCUUGGUUUUGAAAACUGCAGAACAGCCAUUUGAGGGGAAGACAUCUGAUAGAAAUUAUUGUACCUUAGCUAGUGAGAACAAAACACUCGAAGCUGUUAAAUCAAGAGAUGGAUCUCAAGUUGGAACCACUUUAAACCACAUGCCAGCCAUUGACAAAGCAGUGAGUUUCAUGGAUUCUGGAUCUACACUGAUUUCCCCUCGUAAAUGUACUGGAAAUCUACAACCUGGGACACCUGUUGGUGACACACCUUAUGAGCAUUUCACUUCUUAUAAGGGAGAUUACAGAGUGCACAGUAGUAAACGAGUUAAAAGACAUUUGGCAUUUCAAGAGGAAAGAAGCCCCAGUAAACAGAUGGCUCCAUCCACUCCCGCUGGUGCUAAACCUGCAUCAGUUAGCAUAAUUGAUAUUCAUGAUAGUGAUGAUGAACCUGAUUCGGCACACAACCAAAUACCUUCUACAAGUAAGCAGGAAAAUGGCCAUGGUAGCAUUUCAACUAAUUAUGAAUUGGAAGGAACUGCGGGUAGUGAAAAUGAAGCCAGGACAAUUGGUGAUCAGAAAGUGGUUCCCAAAAGAAAACGAGCCACCAAUAUUGUUACUAGUGACACAGAGUGUGAUGAUAAUGAUGAUAAUGUUCCGAUUGGUACACUCUGGAGGAUGCGUUGUGAGGAAGUGGUUCCUGAUCAAACAAGCGUCAAACCUAAAGAUUGCCUGGUGGCUGCUACUACCCCUGGGAUUGGCAAUGUCAGAGGUAAUUUACCUCCUCGAAAGAGGAGACUAGUAUCACUCAGACAAUCUGAAGGAAAAGUAAAAAAUUGCUCUUCAAGGAAGAACAGUGAAAGUAAAUGCAACAAAGGAAUCCCUACAACUGAGGAUGUUGAAGAUGACAAUUCAGAAGAGAUUGAGUCAACCAGUGAGAGUGAUAGUUUGAAUGAUUUUAUUGUUGAUGACUCUGACAUUGCUGAUGGUGAAAAUGGUUGUAGUGAGUCACAAGAUGGUUCUAAUUGCAAUAUUGCUGAUAGUGGGCAAGAAGAUGUUUCAAGUGGCAGCAAAGCAUGUUGUGGCUCAACAGAUGUUUCAGAUGAUGAAGUGGACUUUGAUGUGAUUCUCUCUCAACUUAAAAGGAACAAAGAUCAUAAAUCGGAUUGGAAGUUUGAGGGAGAGCUGCUUGCAGCCUUUGGCAAGGAUCUGGAACUGUGCAUGAAGGCUGUAUGUGCUCUCUACAGGCAGCAAACAUCAGGGGAGAAACUUUGCAAGGCAACCUUAUGUCAAAAUCAGCGAGGUUUUAGUAAAUUUGAUGCCUACAGGGGCUGUACUUUGGCUGAGUUUCUAACUGAUGGUGACCCACAAGGCGAUCUAAAGAAAUCUGUGAAGGAGUUGCAAGCGUAUGAUCCAAAUGCGGUUGAGCUGUGCAGAAAUUUGGCAACCCACUAUUCGAAGCAACUGUUUGAGAUCUACAACAGCAAAGAGGAUCCUUAUUUUCUUCCUUCUUAGGGUGCCCUGCAACAAUUUAAUUUAAAGCAGCCUGAACUCGAAGGAAAGCCAGGGAGUGUUGUUUUUGGUAAUUUAUCCGUUCUCUGCUAUGUACUUACUAAUCUGGUAUCUUCUACUUUCGCAUGAAUGUAUUAGAAAACACUAAACCUUUUGAAUGUCUGUAUGGAACAUAGGACAAAAUGUAUAUAAAUCUUUAUUUUGUAUCUAAUAGUAGCUUGCUAUAAGUAUUGCUUUCUGUUGGGUUUUUUGGUAAUGACAAUGGGCUGUAUGUUGAUCAAACUGGUUACAAGUUUUUGCAGUUAGAUGACAGCAGGUAUCUUUACUCUCCAGAAAAGAACGGGAAAGGGAGAACUGAAAAAAUGGAUUAGUGCCUACGAGACAACCUUUAACAAAGAUUAUAUAAUGGACAUAUAGUUAGAUUGCUGAUCAUUUCGGGUAACGAGGCCAACCGUUAACAACUGUGAAUUGUUGGGAAAAGAUUAUUAAU